AUGAGGCUGACAACGGGAUUGGUUUUUCUGAUGCUCGGCUUGGUGAUCUACCACGCGUCGGAGGUGGCGGCGUCGGACUCAUCGGCUUCCCCCACAGCUGACAUCGCCGAGGUCAUAGCGAAACUAACUAAGGACUUCGGCGAGGUAGUAGUUCAAGCGAAGAAAAUAGCGGAGAAAGUCACCAAAGGAAUCAUCACCAAGACUUCAGAUGAAGUGGCCAGUGUUAUAAAGCAACUCCACGCCGUGUUUGACGCUGUCGAGAAAUUCAACGAUCAAUUUGAAAAGUUCUUCGAAGGUCUGAACAGUAAAGUCGAGAAGAUUUUUGAAGAUUUAGCU